AUGCUGUCGUUGAGUGUACCUCAUGAGAGUAUCACUAUCGUAGCGGCAAUUUGCGUGUCGCUAGCGACCGCCUCGGUACUUCUGAGGCUAUGGGUACGGUCGCACUUCCUGACCAGCGGUCUCCAAGCAGACGACUGGACAAUCCUCGUCGCCGCUAUACUCUUCAUCGGAUUCUGCAUCAUCGCUUUCAUCCUUGCCAAUGCGGAAGCCGCCAACCCCGUCUUCUCUGCUGAGACUGGCGAACCCGUCAUACUCACGCUCCUGUGUGGUGAAGUCGUCUUCCAAGCCACCUGCCUGGUCUUCAAGCUCUCCCUCACAAUCUUCUUCCGCAAAUUCCUCAUUGAAGAAUGGCAACGAUGGCUUGUGUUGGGCUGCGGCUUCUUCUACUGCAAUACCUGCGUCAUUGGGAUCUUCAUUGCGCUCUUCCAGUGUGGUCUGCCUACGAAUCUUGUACACAAGCACUUAGCAGGCCAGUGUAUCAAAGAGGAAGCAUUCACUGCGUUGUUGUAUGUCCACGGCAUUCUAUCGGCAGCAACAGAUUGGGUCUUCGCUCUAUUGCCCACCAUAACACUAUACCGCUCCAACCUCAGUCGCGGGGCAAAAAUCUCCUCGUCUUGUCUUAUGCUGCUCGCUUGCGGUGGUUCCAUCGCCGCUAUCGUGCGCACAGUUACCACUGGCACAUACAUCAUUCGCAACAAGUACUUCGACCCAAAUUUGAAGCCCAACUACUAUUCAAUCUCGGCACCCAUGAUCAAUCUUACUGUCAUUGAAGUAGGGUUGGGUAUCACUGCUGUCUCACUGGCAUGCUUACGACCACUGAUGAGACGC